GGUACGAGCUCUUGACCAGUUGCAGUCUGUGACGGGAGUAGAACGGGUGAACAUCGAUCGCGCGCGCAAUGCGAAACUUCCAGCUGUUGAACAGUCAGAUCGACGUGAGUGCAAUGUUGAUCCAGCAGCAGAUGAAUGGCGGAGAGCCGGCCGUCAGCGAUAUGGAAGUGUCCAAAGAAUACACUCCCCUCAAACCACCACCCCAGCUACCCCCACCGGUGCCCCAGAUCGUCAUCACUGAGCAACCUCACCCAAAACUACACCGCUUCCGGUACCAAUCCGAACAACGCGGAUCCACUGCCGGUUCGAUCCUGGGCGUUCGAGCCUCCGGCGAUCGUCCCACGUACCCCACGAUCGAGAUCCAGGGCUACCACGGCCCGGCAAAGAUCGUCAUAUCUUGCCUCAGCACGGACGACCCGCCCCGGUUACAUCCCUACCGGUUGAUUGGUCGCCCCGAGUGCCGCCACGGACUGUGCGUGCUCCGCGUUGGGCCGGAGUCCGGGAUGACCUGCUCGGUUAAUAAUUUGGCGGUGCAGAGUGUGCUGAAGAAGGACGUGGCGAAGGAGUUGGAGCAGCGACAGCAGUGCUACCCGAAUCCGUUCAAAGUUCCUGUUGGGGACGCAUCUACGAUUGAUUUGAAGAAGGUUAGGUUAUGUUUCGAGUUGUACCUGGAGACGGCUCCUGGGCAGUUCCGGGUGGUUCAUCCUCCGGUACUGACGGACACCGUCUACGAUCGGAAGUACAACCCGGAUCUGGUCAUCAGCGAGAUGAGCCACUGCCGGGCUCCUGCUUCCGGCGGUAAGCAGAUCAUGCUGCUUACGGACACGGUGAACAAGGAGGACAUCCGGGUGCGGUUCUCCGAGGAUCGUCCGGAUCACCUCGGGGGAUUGUGGGUGGCGUACGGAUCGGUUCGACGCGUUCAUCGGCAUGUGGCGGUCGUUGUGGAGACGCCGGCUUACGACGACCCGGAGAUCACCAGCUCCGUUAUGGUUCAAAUCCAGUUGGAACGCACGACGGAUGCAGAGCUGAGCAAACCGCUAAGCUUUGAGCUUCAUCCUAGUCACAACCGGAUUCCCAAGCAGGAAGUCCAAUCUCCAACCUCAAACAUUCCAGUCACGCAAGAACCAACUCCUGGACCGUCGUACCUUCCUCAACAACAAGACCCAAAUCUCCUGCCAGUGCUGUUCUCUCUGGAAGAUCUUCUAUACCUUCCGCCGGUGCAGCAAAUCGAUCCCCGAAUUCCGAACCCGCAGCAGUUCGGCCAGGAGUUGAACAAUUUCACUGCGCGUAACGCCCCCGUUACGGAAGAACAGGUCGAAAAUUUGUCCUGCGAAAUGCUGGAAUUUCGCAUUGAUGACAUGUUGAACUUUUGAGGUCGGUUUUGUUAUUAGUUUUG